AGAAGGAAAAAUACAUAUUGCUAAUUAGGCCAGCCUUUAGAUGAUCUAAACCAUUAAUUUUAGUCUGUGGGCCAUCUUAACCAUAUAAUCAGACUAGUGAUCAAAUCCUCCCUGCUCCCUUAGUGGUUAGGCGGACCGUUGGACAUUGACCGUCCAUCUUCAGCUUUGUGCGAAGGUCCCAAGAUCAUGCGGAUACCAUCAAAUCCGGUGGGCCCACCCAUCUAGGCCGAUCAAUAAUAGAACUGCUAUGAUAAUUUCGGGCAAAACCAAGGGCAGUUUGUAAGGCUUCCUCUGUUCAUUAGGCACUGUAAGCCGGCCAACUUCUGUCUUAUUAGCCGGCAAUUCAGCUUCUGAAAAUUUCAUCUCUCUACCAAAAAAAGCCCCUGGACAGUGCUCAAACUUCUCCAAUGGCUUCUCCUCACCCUCUGUUCAUAGCUCAAACUUCUCUAAUGGCUUCUCCUCAGCCAGCCAGCAUUCUCAACACUGAUUUCUGUCUGCAAAUAGCAAAAUGUGUCGGACUCAAGGAGAUUGAAAAAGGGUUGAAUUUCGUGUUCUCUCCCCUAUCUGUCCAUGUCGUCUUGAGCAUGAUCGCCGCUGGAUCGAAAGGACAUACAUUAGAACUGAUGCUUCAGUUCCUGAAUUCUGAAAGCAUUGAGGAACUCAACUCACUUUCUUCCCGACUUGUUCAUCUCAUAUCUGCUGAAGGAGCUGGGAUCAGUGGACCCCGUCUAUCCUUUGCUAAUAGCGUAUGGGUCGAGCAAUCAUUUUCUUUGAAACCCGCCUUCAGAGAUAUUGUAAAUUCCAUUCACAAAGCAGAAGCAAGGGCGGUCAAAUUUCAAAUGAAGGGUGAUGAAGCGAUAAAGGAAGUGAACGCAUGGGCCAAAAACGCGACUCAUGGGCUUAUCACAGAGAUUCUUCCUUCGGGGCCUACGUAUGAAUCCACCGUACUUGUUCUUGCAAAUGCACUCUACUUCAAGGGAGCUUGGAACGAGAAGUUCAACGCAUCAGAAACCAUUCAAAGGGAAUUCUACCUGCUCGACGGAAAUAGUGUCCAAGUAGCCUUCAUUACCAGCAAGAUGAAGCAAUUCGUAUGCUCGUUCGACGGAUUCAAAGUCCUUAAACUCCCUUACCAGAGAGGCCAAGACAAGAGGCAGUUCGCAAUGUAUUUCUUCCUCUCUGAUGAGAGGGACGGGCUGCAAGAUCUAGUACAAAAUUUGACUUUGGACCCCAAGUUCUUGGAUCAAUAUACAAGGCUCUAUGAAGUCAAAGUCGGCGAGUUUAGAGUGCCGAGGUUCAAGAUCUCAUUUGGGUUCGAAGCGUCGGAGAUCAUGAAGGAAAUGGGACUGGUUUUACCCUUCUCAGAUCAAGCUGAGAUUGAUGAGAUGGUAGAAUACGUGCAGAAUCAUGGUGUCAUCAGAGUCUCUGAGAUCUUCCACAAGGCUUGCGUGGAGGUUAAUGAGGAAGGGACUGAAGCUGCUGCAGUGACAGCAGCCCGGAUGGAGUGGUGUAAGGCUAUGACGCCCAUCGACUUUGUAGCGGAUCACCCAUUCAUGUUCAUGAUCAGAGAAGAGGUUAGUGGGGCUGUAUUGUUCUGCGGGAACAUGAUAAAUCCAUCAUUGAUAGCUUGAUUAUCUCUGAACCGAUCAUUAGGAGCAUUUCCAUGUAUAGUUCUGCUGGAAAUAAAUAUAGAUUCGAGCACUAUAUGCAAGCUCAAGAACUGUUACUUUGUCAUUGAUCUGUAAGUCAAUGAAAGCAGGGCGAUGCCAUUUAUUUCAA